AUGUCUUCUCCGAGCACGCAAAAGGACCAAGAGGCGACCAGCACAGCCGAGACUGUCGCAAGUGAUACGAUGGCUGCGGACUACACGAGCUUUAGCACCGACGAACUGGUCGGGCGCAUCACGACAUUGGAGCGCCAACUUCGCGAACAGACGGCGCUCCUGGCGUCCCUGACGCAGGCGAACCAGGCUACUCGCACAUCCUUCGUCCAAGGACCACCAGAACCGUCACAGACCAUCCCCACUGCUCGCAGUCGGUCGCCGUCAUCCUCGCGACCGCGCUCCCCCCGGCGUGCGCGCCCGUUCAACCCGGCCCUGUACUCGACACGGCACAUCGCGCUGAAGUUCGCGUAUCUGGGCCGCCGCUACGGCGGGUAUGAGCAUGCGAACAACAACCUGACGCCGCAGCCUACGAUUGAGGAGGUGCUAUGGAAGGCGCUGCGGAAGGCGCGGCUGAUUUCGCCUGUGCUGGCUAAGGGGGUGGACGAGAGCUACGACGUGGUCUGGGGCGAAGAUAAGAGGAGGGAGACAUACUUGACAAGGUGGACGAGAGAAGCCCCAGGACAGGGACAGGGCAAUGGCGAGAGCGGGGGCAAGAGGGUCCGUCUGGAUCUCAACUGGGAGGGGUGCCAGUAUAGCAAGUGCGGGAGAACGGACAAGGGUGUGUCGGCGUUUGGCCAGGUCAUUGGCAUUCGAGUCAGAAGUAACCGGGCGCUGGAAACCGGUCAGGAGUCUACACCAGAGGAGUCCGGCCGGCACGGGGCCGUGAAGCAUCAGAAUGGCGAUGGCGAUGGCGAUGGUGCAGGCGAUACUACUAUGCCAUCCAUAGAUGCUGCCGACCUCGUCACGGACAACCACACAAAGCCUUUCGACCCCAUCAAAGACGAACUACCGUACAUCUCCCUCCUCAAUUCUAUCCUCCCGCCCGAUAUCCGCAUUCUCGCUUGGUGCCCUUGCCCACCACCGAUGUUCGACGCACGCUUCUCCUGUCGCGAGCGCCGCUAUAAAUACUUCUUCACCAACCCGGCGUUCUGCCCUACCCCGGGUCCUCUGGGUCUCCAGCGCGCAGACGGGAAGGGGUUGGCCGGUCUGCGGGAGGGGUGGCUGGAUAUCGAGAAAAUGAGGGAAGCCGCGAGGAAACUCGUCGGGGCGCAUGACUUCAGGAAUCUCUGCAAGAUCGAUGCGAGUAAGCAGAUGCCCAGCUGCGUGCGGAGGGUGACCUUUGCGGAUGUGGUUGAGUUUCCCGAGACCGGCAGGAUGUUUCUGGAACACGAAGGUCUUAACCAAACGGGAUCGGCCUCGUCAGUCCUCGGAAAGGGAAUGGCGCCAGGGGUGUCCGGCGGUCCAAAGGUGUAUACUUUCUGCGUUCAUGGCAGUGCGUUCCUGUGGCAUCAGGUGCGGUGUAUGGUGGCGGUAUUGUUCCUUGUCGGCCAAGGCCUCGAAGAGCCGAGCAUUAUCGAUGAUUUGCUUGAUAUCGAAAAGAAUCCACGUCGACCAGCGUACGAAAUGGCCGAUGACGCACCAUUGGUGCUGUGGGACUGUAUAUUUCCCGACAACGAGAACGCAGAUGGCGGGAUGAUGGAAGACUCUCUACCUUGGCUAUAUGCUGGGGAUGCAGCCACGGUCCCUGCGCUCACCACGACGUCGACCAAGAACGACGGAAAAUUCGGGACGGGCUCCGUGGUCGACGAACUCUGGACCCUGUGGCGCGAUGCCAAGAUGCAAGAGCUCCUCGCCGGCAGUCUGCUCGACCUGGCCAUCUCACAAGGCGACGGCACUCCUCUUCGAAGACAAACGACACGAGACGGGCUCCGAGGAAGGGGAGGACGAAGUCAGAAAGUCUUUGACGGGGGUAGCAGAGCGAGGACCAGCGGACGAUAUGUCCCCGUGAUGAAGAAGCCGAGGAUCGAAACCUUGGAGGUGCUGAACGCAAAAUGGGCGAAGAGGGGCGAGGCGAGGAAUAAAGCCAAGGAAGAAUUCGAGGAAACCAACGCGGAAGUAGAGUAG